AUAGGAUUGAAACAAAAAGAAAACCCCACAAGCUUAGGAAAACCAUGGCGUACGACUUGAAAAAGGAGUCAGACGUGAAAGAAUACAUAGAAAAGUUGGGUGUUGAAUAUCGUUUUGGUUGCUACUCAGAGAAGAAACCAGAAGUUUGCCAUUUGUUAGGCGAUUAUUUGGAAGGUAUUAAAAAAGAUUUUGAAAAGGCCGCCAAGGUUUACAAAUCGACGUGUGAUGAUUAUGGUUAUGCAAAAUCUUGUUUCAAAUUUGGCAAUUAUAGCUUUCUUGGAAAAGGGAAGAGUGGCAGCAAAGGAGAUGCAAAGGCUGCCUACAGUUAUUACGAGAAGGGAUGCAAACUGAACGACUCUGAUUCCUGCUUACAUUCGGGACUUUUGCUGGUAUCACGUUCUAUGCCCAAAGAGAUUGACAGAGAUGUUCCUAAGGGUUUAGAAUUUUUAAGUAAAAGCUGUGACAUGAACAAUGCUACCGCCUGCUUUUAUCUCUCAGGUAUGCACAUAUCUGGUGUACAAAAGAAACCCGAAGAAUAUAAUCCUCAGGCUAAGACAGAUUCGCCAUCCCAAAAUAGCGGUGAAUACAUUGUUGAAAAGGAUAUGAAGAAAGCUUUCGAAUUUGCUUACAAGGCUUGCGAGUUACGCAAUAUGUACGCUUGUGCUAAUCUAAGUCAAAUGUACGCACGUGGAGAUGGUAUUGAAAAGAAUGAAGUCGAAGCCGAGAAAUAUAAAAAGAUGGCUUUAGAAAUGCAGGAUGAAAUCAAAAAGCAACAGCAGACUCUGAGUUUCCAGCAGGGUUUGAAAAAUGCGCAAUAGUCUGGCAGGCAUUUGGGCAGCUGAGCACGCGCAUUCAUAUUAGGCCUGUUUUUUCGGGACAUUUUAUUUGUUAAAACUCCUUUUGCACGCCCUAAACGAGAACUUUGUAGUUCUGUCAGUUAGUUCUUAUUUUCAUUGUAUAUAUAAAUCGCA